AUGGCGGCGCCGAGCCGCGCGGGGCAGGAGAUGAGCCUGGCGGCCUUAAAGCGGCACGACCCGUUCAUCACCAGCAUCGCGGACGUGACCGGCCAGGUCGCGCUCUACAGCUUCAGCGCCAAGGACAACGAGUGGGAGAAGACAGACAUAGAAGGUACCUUAUUUGUGUACAAAAGGUCAGCCUCUCCUUAUCAUGGUUUUACAAUAGUGAAUCGACUUAACAUGCACAACCUGGUUGAACCAGUAAAUAAAGACUUGGAGUUCCAGCUCCAUGAACCUUUUCUUCUCUACAGAAAUGCCAGCUUGUCAAUUUACAGUAUCUGGUUUUAUGACAAGGACGACUGCCAUCGAAUAGCAAAACUCAUGGCUAAAGUGGUGGAACAAGAAGCUCAGAGAUCUCAGCAAGUUUGCCAGGACAGGAAAAGUCCCAGCAGACCCAAUGGCUGCAGUGAAAAUAGGCCCAUCGACAUCCUGGAAAUGCUCAGUAAAGCCAAGGAUGAAUACGAAAGAAAUCAGAUCAGUGAUUUGAGUAUUGUAUCAAGUUCUGGAAUGCAGCAGAACACAAGCCCCCCAAAACCAGAAGCCACAGAGACUUCAGAACAUGCAACUGCAUUACAAAUGCACGAGCAGCCAUUUCAGUCAAGACAAAAGCACCUGACUCUGGAAGAAUUGUUUGGAACUUCGGUGCCGAAGGAGCAGGCAGCGGCUCCGUGUCCUGCCCCGGAGCGGCUGGAGAGGCCGCAGGCCGAGGCCGCGGCCCGCGAGCAGCGCGGGCUGCUCUUGCCCUUCCCCUUCGAGCAGCCGGCAGCGACGCAGCAGCCGCUGGGGAAGCCCGAGAGCCCCGGGGUUAAAACGGGGCCCGGCGCCCUCCCUCACCAGGAGGGUUUGACGCCUCUGCGAAUACCUGCAGCUCCAGCUUCCCGGCCUGACGUUAAAAACCUUCCGAGCUACWCGGUGCGCUUGAGCCCCGUUCUGAGUUCAGCCUCGACAGGGGAAGCUGCCCCUGCUCAGAUGCUUCCUGGCCUAAAACAAACCAACAGCAUCAUGCAAGUUAUGCAGCAAGCUGCCAGGCAGAUCUCCCCGCUAGUGAAUCAGCUGCCGUCUGACAUGAACCACGCUCCACAAAGUCUUAUGGCUGGCCAAAGCCAGUUGAUACCACCCUUGACAUCAACAAACACAGGAACUGUCUCGAAUACGUCCCAUUCAAGUGUUGAUCUUCUCCAGAAACUCAGGUUGACCCCGCAGCAUGACCAAAUGCAGCAGCAGUCUGGCACUAAGUCUGCCUUAACCCCGAAUGCCUCUGCCUCCCUCGGCCAACUUGCAACACCGGAGAGCUUCAAAGAAUCUCACAGUAAACCACCAACCUUGAACAGCAAGAUAAUCUCUCCACUUCAGGCUGUACAACAAAACAAGGAAUCGGAAGGAUUUCCACAGGCAAAGGCUGGGUCUAAAGCAAGUCAAGUUGCACCUCCACUGUUUGUUACAACCUCGACCACAGUAGCUCCUUCAAUCCUCUUGUCUCCCAGCGUGUUCCAGCAGGCUGCUACAAAAACUCCUGAGGUUGAGAAUAAAGCCACUUCUUCCUCUCCUGUAACACUUGGAACAACAGAGAUGCAGACAAUGGCCCCCACUGUUCUCAGUAGGGCUCAGCUUCAGGAGGCGCUGAUACAUCUAAUAAAGAAUGAUUCCCACUUUCUUAGCACGAUCCAUGAAGUCUACUUGCAAGUCCUAACCAAGAAUACAGACAACAACAAGCUAUAAUCAAAAUGAAAUCUGCUUGGAAUACGUCCACUCUAGAAACAAUUAUGCCUCAUAUAUAUAAAAAUAUGUAACUAAUAUUUUUUUAAAAGAAUAUUUAGUUUUCAAUGUCUUGAAUUUGAACCUAUUAGGAAAGACUGUUCCUUAAAUACURAGGAAAGUAGCGCUCUCAGACGUUAUCUAGGUUUUCACUGUGAUCAUCACCAGCAAACCUUUGUUUUUACUGGGACAGGGAAUUAAGUUGCAUGUGAGCUCUCAUUAACGUUAAGCAGAAGUGCAGAUGUUUGCUCUGGCUUUCAUUCCAAGCUGUCUUUGCUUUUCAAGAACUGCAGCAUCAGGGCUACGUCAGCCAGCAAAUACAUCAUAUGCUAGGCUACAUCAGAACAGCAGAACCCAUAUGUAUGAACCUAGGCCCAAUUCUAAGAACUAACCAAGAGCAGGAGAGGAUGAGGCCUUGUGUUUAAGCUGCCAGGUGCAGGGAAGAGAGUGGGGAAUUGAGCCUCA